AUGAUUGUCGUCCAGACGGCGAGGUCCAAUGGUCUAAUGAGUCCAGAUUUGAAUGGACCCAAUUGGGGACCAGGGUCCGAAUGCAGAAGGCGGUUACGGAGGUUACAGGGAGGUCAGGGAAUCGAAGCCGUCACCCCUCCAGAUCUACAUGGAGAGUGGGUGUCAAGCAGCUGCGAAACAAGACCGGGACCUUCCUACCUCACCCGUCGGUACAAGUUCCAUUCAGACCACAGCUUCACCUUCUACCAGUUCUACUACUCGGACCACCAGUGCCAGUCACCGGCCUAUUCCUACCGGAUCCGGGGCCAGCUCACCGUCGGUGGACUGACUUUUACCCUCGAUGGGGCAAACGAAGCCAUGUACGAGCUGGAGAAGGUGUCAUUGACAGUGUUCCAGGACAGAUUCGCCAUGGUGCUGGCUCGUCAAUUAAAUGGUAGCUGUCCGGGAAUGGUGGAACCGAACCAACCGCUUGCUAUUUUCAGGAAGUACGUCGUGCUUGAUAACUCACGAGACGUCGUCCAGAUAGACUGUACGCCAGGACUGGGAUUCACCAUGAACGAACUCCAGUUGAUACGCCAGGAGGUAUACCAGCGAAGGGUGGAGAACUCGGGCAUUGUCCGAAGGUCGGAGUCACUCUACUUAGGAGAUAUCCACACGGACUUUGGACAGAGGGUGAUCUACAGAUCGAAAGGAUACCAGACGCCCCUGAGAAGAUACGAUGAUGAUAGCGAGGUAAGGACGGUUAUGGCAUGGGGGUCGUAUUAG